GACUAGAGAACAGCGCUUUCUUUUUUUCUAUUAGGCUACUGCAAAUGGAUGUCUAAUUAUGAGAUGAGACGAUGAAAUUGGGGGAAAAGUAUAUAUAAGUAUAUUUAUUUAGAAGAUUGUAUUUUUGCGGAUAGGAUACUUGCCUCAUGAAGACAAUCUGUGUACAUGUUCUUACACAUGCAUUUAAAUGUUCCAUUUCAGUUAUUUUGUAUUUGUUUUGUUUUACUUUUUACCUCAUAAUAUUUUCAUUGAACAUGCCUAUGAAACGGAAUACAAGCCCGAUCCGGGAUGGCCCAUUUCUUCAUGUUCAUCCACCUUCAACCAAGAAAUUCUGCGAUGCCUCUGAGGAGUUUAUGCACACCGCUUUAUCUGACGAGAAAUUACCCCGUGAUUUCCAUGGACAUUCACUCUCAAAGUUUGACGAGGAAGAUGAUUCGGGAAUUAAAUCAGAAGCAGAAGACACUAAUGAAACCCCAUCUUCUGAGGAGGACCAGGAUUUUGUUGAGUAUUCCAAAGAUUUGCCUUUCAAACAGACUACCCCGAGGAAAAGCAUCACUCAGAUCAUAAAGGACAAGAAGAAACAGACUCAGCUCACCCUUCAAUGGCUGGAGGAAAACUAUAUUGUUUGUGAAGGGGUUUGUCUGCCACGUUGCAUCCUGUACGCUCACUACCUAGACUUCUGUAGGAAGGAGAAACUGGAUCCAGCCUGUGCUGCUACAUUUGGCAAGACAAUUCGUCAGAAAUUUCCACUUCUUACAACAAGAAGACUUGGGACCCGAGGUCAUUCAAAAUAUCAUUAUUACGGCAUUGGCAUCAAAGAGAGCAGUGCCUAUUAUCACUUGUUGUACUCAGGGAAAGGCUUGACGAGAUUUUCAGGGAGCAAACUCAAGAAUGAGGGAGGAUAUACUCGGAAAUACUCCCUCAGCUCAAAAACAGGAACUUUGCUUCCAGAAUUCCCAAGUGUACAGCAUCUAGUGCUUCAAGGUUCUGUCUCUAAAGAGAAGGUGGACACGCUCAUCAUGAUGUACAAAACACAUUGUCAGUGCAUCCUGGACAAUGCCAUCAAUGUCAACUUUGAAGAGAUACAGAAUUUUCUGCUGCAUUUCUGGCAAGGAAUGCCCGACCACCUUUUACCACUGCUGGAUAACUCCAUAAUCGUGGACACCUUCUGUGUGUGUGACUCUAUACUAUAUAAGGUUCUGACAGAUGUCCUGAUCCCUGCUACGAUGCAGGAGAUGCCUGACAGUCUCCUGGCAGACAUCCGUAACUUAGCCAAGCACUGGGAAGACUGGAUGGUGUCUUCUCUGGAAAACCUCCCAGAAUGCCUCUCAGAGAAGAAGCUCCCGAUUGCACGCAGAUUUGUGUCCUCUCUAAAGCGUCAGACCUCCUUCUUACACCUUGCCCAGAUCGCGAGACCAGCUCUUUUUGACCAGAAUGUGGUGAACUCCAUGGUGGUGGAUAUAGAUCAAGUGGAUUUGAACAGCAUAGGGUCACAAGCCCUUUUCACCAUCUCAAGUGGUGACCAAGACUCUGACCUCUACUCUGAAUAUGACUCUAUAACAGCGUUCCAAGAGCUGAAAGACCUACUGAAGAAGAAUGCCACUGUGGAAUCCUUUAUUGAGUGGCUGGACACUGUUGUGGAGCAGAAGGUCAUUAAGCCUGGGAAGCAGAACGGACGGUCUAUAAAGAAGCGAGCUCAGGACUUCCUCCUCAAGUGGAGUUUCUUUGGAGCACGUGUUAUGCACAACCUCACGUUGAACAACGCCACCAGUUUUGGUUCGUUCCACCUAAUCCGCAUGCUGCUGGAUGAGUAUAUCCUUCUGGCUAUUGAGACACAAUUCAACAAUGACAAAGAACAAGACCUCCAGAAUCUCCUAGAUAAAUACAUGAGAAAUGCAGAUGGCAGCAAGGCGGCAUUCACUGCCUCCCCUAGCUCCUGUUUCCUGGCCAACCGUAACAAGCCCAGCGUGGUGUCCAGUGAUCUGUCUGUGAAGAACGAGUCCCUCUCAGAACACACAUACAUGACCCUGUCAGCUAAUCAGCAGGCAAACAUGACUGUCUACCAGGGCUCUGAUACAGAUGGAUUCUCUCUGUCAGGACAAAUGGACUUUUCCCAGAACAGUGGCCCUCUGAUGACCCCUCCCAUCUCCCCAGCCAUGGUGAACAGGGGCAGUGUCAUCAACCAGGUCCCCAUGGCCGUCAUACCCCAGAGCGCCUGCACCACCAUCCAGCCCCACAUCUCCUGCCAAGCCUUCCCAGACACCAUGUACCAGAGCCUGCCUUCCAGUAGCCCCAGCUACUACCCCACCACUUCCAACUACCAGGCUGUGUUCAGACCCCAGACACACGCCCAGGCCCCUGCCUACCACACCCGCUCCGGCAGCAGCCACUACCCGUCCUUCAGUGAGCAGCACCUGGCCAAAGACUACUUCAACAGCAGCUGUGCAGUGUCCCCCUACAGCUCCAGACACACUUCCAAUUACAGCACAGCCCCUGAUCCUGGGAUGGAGACUCAGGGGGUUGAGCUACUGGACUCUGGAGGAUACAACUUUGUCAUGAGUGGGUUAAACAGUAGUGGCUGUCAGGAGUCUGCCUACUCAACAGCAGGACAGAGUGGGUACUAUGGAAACAGUGGCUACCUGGAUAGCCAGAGGCUGGGUUCCAUGAUAGACCAGCAUGUGUCAGUUAUCAGCAGUGUGAGCAGUAUCCGUUCCGUCCCAACGUACGCUGAUGUACACGAUCCCCUCAACAUCCUGGAUGACAUGGGCAGAAAGCUGGCAGGCCCUUACUACCCUGAGUCUGACUCACUGGGCACACCUGGAGCUCCUCCCCUCCCCUCCUCCAUCUCCGCACCCUGCAUGUAUGGAGGUCCUGCCCAGUUCCACUCCCAGGAUGCACCGCUUCCUCACCGGGGACCAUCUGAGGUGCGUGACAUGGUGUCAUCGCUGCCACCCAUCAACACUGUGUUCAUGGGGUCUAGUGGAGGAGGACCGUGAGCCGUGACUGAACCUCCAACCACCACCGCUCCUCACGGUCCUCCGUUCCCUCCCACACCUCUCCUCAAGGUCCUCCAUUACCUCCCACACCUCUCCUCAAGAUCCUCCGUUCCCUCCCACACCUUUCCUCAAGGUCCUCCGUUACCUCCCACACCACUCCUCAAGGUCCUCCGUUACCUCCCACACCACUCCUCAAGGUCCUCCGUUACCUCCCACACCACUCCUCCACUCCUCAAGGUCCUCCGUUCCCUCCCACACCACUCCUCAAGGUCCUCCGUUACCUCCCACACCACUCCUCAAGGUCCUCCGUUACCUCCCACACCACUCCUCCACUCCUCAAGGUCCUCCGUUCCCUCCUACACCACUCCUGAAGGUCCUCCGUUCCCUCCCACACCACUCCUCCACUCCUCAAGAUCCUCCGUUCCCUCUUACACCACUCUUCAAGGUCCUCCGUUCCCUCCCACACCACUCCUCAAGGUCCUCCGUUCCCUCCCACACCACUCCUCAAGGUCCUCCGUUCCCUCCCACACCACUCCUCAAGGUCCUCCGUUAUCUCCCACACCACUCCUCCACUCCUCAAGGUCCUCCGUUCCCUCCCACACCACUCCUCCACUCCUCAAGGUCCUCCGUUCCCUCCCACACCACUCCUCCACUCCUCAAGAUCCUCCGUUCCCUCCUACACCACUCCUCAAGGUCCUCCGUUACCUCCCACACCACUCCUCAAGGUCCUCCGUUCCCUUCCACACCACUCCUCAAGGUCCUCCGUUCCCUCCCACACCACUCCUCAAGGUCCUCUGUUCCUUCCCACACCACUCAGUCACUGUAAGCAAUGACUCUGAUCAUAGACAAAAUAUGCUUAAAGUAUCUCUCUUAUCUAGCCUGUAUAUCUUGUGCCAAUUUAUGAAGCCCUCAGCUGUUCAGUCAAUGUGCAGUCAAAUGUUUUGAUGAAUUGAAUGAAUGAAUAAUUUACAAUUGAACCAUUUUAAUAUAAUUCAAUCUGUUCAUCUUCAUGUGGUUGAAGGCAACAUUGUGUCUUUUCUGAGUUAACAUGUAAAUAAAUACCUGUAGAAUAAUACCAGGAAUGUAAACAUUUGAAAUGUAAAAUAUAUAGUCUCAUGUAAGACAGGUUUGAUUAAUUAUGACUAGUUUAAAACACCAUGUUAUUUAUUUUAGUUGCCUUUAUAACCUGUUACAAUGUAAUAUUAAUGCUGGAAAUGUAUAUACUCUCUAUCUGAGUUAGGCCAGACAUUGUUGAAACUAAACUGUAAGCAAAAAAUAUUUUGUAUCUUAGGUUUUGAUAAAUGUAAAAUUAGGAGAAAAUUAACUUAUACUUACCUGUAUAUGACCGAAUGAGAGGUAGGAGCUUAGAAAUUACUGUUGUUUGCAAUACAGAUGAACAUUUAUUAAAUAA